CCUCAGCUGGUGUUGUACUCAGUGAUAGAUUCGAGGAAUGCACAAAAUUCUCUGGGUAAUCCUCUUAGUUUUCAUUUUGCAAUGUAUAUUGAUGGUGUGAGAAAGCAUACAUAUGAUGAUGAUAUGAUUCCCGUGAGAAAAUGAAGAUGCUAAAGUGGAUGUGUGGUCGCAGUGGUAUGGUAUGAAUAUACUCCGAUUCAUAACUUUUGACCUUUCAGGCUCACUUGGUGCACUGCUAUGCUUGCAGCCAAGCAAGUGCUCCAGACUGGAACUCUUGCUUCCAGUGCUGUUGGAUUGUUUUGACAUUAAAUUUACGGCACAGAUUGUUACAGUUUCAGAGAUCUUUGAAGGUAAAGAAAAAAAGGCUGGUUUGGAUUGGUGGUGAGAAUUCCCGCCCUCGUCACUUUCGGUGCAUGUUAGAUUAGUAAAUACAGGCUGGGUCCACAAUGCGCCUCCGCGGCCGAGUAAUGCUACAGGUGAACAAAUUUACAAAGAAUAUUUGGAAAAAAAAUAAGCAAAAAAAGAGAAAGGAAGUCUCGACGCUCAAUCUUCAUACUAUCUUCAACCAGCUCUGUUGACUCUUCUUCUUAUCUUCUUCAAAUGGCUAUCUACUACAGUUCCACUGCCACUCCUGCCGGAGCCGGCGGCAUACCCUCCUUCAUAUCUCUCCGAUCCGGGGCCGGGAAGGACCACAGCCUCUUCACUCUCAGCUUCGCUUCUUUCAGCCACAGCAGUAAUGACUACUCUUCCACCACUUGCGCUUCUUCGUUGCGAGCUUCCGCGGAUUCGGCUCCCAAAGCCCGGUUCGUGGCGCGGCGGAAGGAAUCUAUCUCCGUUCGCCAACUUGGGCGCCCUCUAAUGGAGUACAUGAGUUUGCCGGCGAGUCAGUACUCGGUGCUUGAUGCGGAGAGGAUAGAGAGGGUCGAUGACAACACUUUCAGGUGUUAUGUCUACAGGUUCAAGUUCUUCAAUUUUGAAGUUUGCCCUGUUUUGCUGGUUAAGGUUGAGGAGCAGCCUUAUGGCUGCUGCAUCAAGCUCUUGUCCUGUAAGCUUGAGGGUUCACCCAUUGUAGUUGCACAGAAUGACAAAUUUGAUGCUUCUAUGGUGAACCGGAUCUCAUGUGAUACCAACCAAAGCAACUCAUUGGUACAACAACUUUCUUCUGAUGCUGUCAUAGAGGUGUCCAUCGAAGUCCCUUUCGCAUUUAGACUACUUCCUGUCGCAGCAAUUGAAUCAGCCGGGACAGGCGUCCUGCAGCAGAUAUUGGGCAUCAUGCUUCCCCGCUUCAUGCAGCAGCUUGUGAAGGACUAUCAAGCUUGGGCCUCUGGUGAUACCUCGAGACAGGCACUUGGAACCGGUGAGAUAUGAGAUCUUCCAACAGUUUCUAUCACUCAAUAGUUUCCAGAGUCUUGUGGUUGGUGCCAUACCACUGUUAUUAUUAUGCAGAGUAGAAACAUUAUUUACUGCAGAACUUUCAGGUUUUUUAUCUGUCAUUUUGUCUGAGCAGAAGUAGUAGAUUUAUCUGACACUGUAAAUUAUGGCGAUGGCUGUUCAUUGUCGAUACACAUGGGUGAUAGGAACGAUGAAGUUCUUUGGGAUGGCCUCCUUGGGCAAAAUUCUCAAUUAUCAAAGCUUGGACUUUGUACUCGUUUGGUUUGCCGUUGCCGCCCUACAGUCCCUUGGCAUUGUAUGAGAGCAUGAUGAACUUGCAAAGCAUAUAGGAAGGUCAAUUUUGCAUCAAGGGUUUGGAUCCCUUCAUUCAAUCUAUUAGCAUUGGAUUUACAAAUUCGUUGAAUUCAUGAAUUUGAAAUAAUUAAAAAAAGGUUUCAAGUGAGCUUGAUGAAUUUGAUACCUCUUAUUUUUGAAUAAAUAAACGAUGAAUUUGAAUAAUUACUUAAUGGGUGAGAUUUGGAUCCUUAAUUCAUGAACCAUACCCACAAGCAAACAACUCUGAAUCGAACUACAAUACAAGAGAACUUAGUUUGAUGGUGUGUGCUUAAUGCUUUGUAAGCAAGAAUUGAAGACACAUAAUCGUAUUGUUUUAGUUCAUUAGUAUCGCCGUAGUUCCACGAUCGAAGAUUAAGCUCGAUUGAGCUAUUCACUCAUUUGCAAAGUUUCCUACAAUGAAGAUCAACGAUUUUCCUCAAGUCAUUUGGAAUGAGGGUCAUUGAUGCAUUUGUUCAAAUAGUAGACAUAUGGCUCUUCUUUUAUCUUCUAGGGAAUCCAAAUUCAAUAUGUUUUUAGAGAGAAACUAUUGUUAAACAUAUUGAAUAUUGAUCCUCAUAGUUUUUUGUGCAGUCCAUUUUUCAUGAUAUAAAUUUGCUAAUUAUUUAGGGGAAAAAAGCUUGGAAUUAGUGAAAAUCAAUAAAAUUACUUGACUUGGUAGAAUGUUUUUUCCUGGUCUAAAGCUCCACAUUAUUUGAUGCAUUAUAAACACUAAACUAUUAA